UUUACAUAUGUUAAAUGGAGUUGAAAUAUGCUCGUCUUUUCUUGGCAGACUAAGUCCAAUAAAGGCUGAAUAUUAACAUUCAACUUUUACGCUUAAAGGCUUUUGAUAGUUCAGACGGCCUUACAUAUAUCAUAUUAUCAUAUAUACUUUUUAAUAAGCUUUUUCCUUCAUUAGUUAUUAUUUCGUGUAUAUUUUAUGAGUUGUUUAUCAACAUGGACGAUUCAUUUUGCUAUCAUGUCAAAGCCCAAAACUCUCGCCCUCGCUGCAUCUUUUUUGCCAGUAGAGUUUUGAAGCUUUGGCUUUUCUUUUUUGUCUUCAUAUGCCUUCUUGUUUUAUCCAACGGGGAGGAGACCACGAACGCUAACAAGCUUAUUAAGAUUGGCGCAAUCAUCGAUAUUAAUUCGCGUACUGGUAGAGAAGAGAAAACUGCAUUGGAUGUUGCUGCUCAAAGUUUCAAUAACAAUGAUUCAAACAACCACAAGCUAUCCCUCCACAUUCAAGACUCUGGAAGAAAUCCCCUCCUAGCUGCUACUGUUGCUCGGAAGUUGAUUAAAGAACAAGAAGUUGAAGUGAUCAUUGGCCUGGAGACAUGGGAAGAAGCAGUUGUGGUCGGUGAUAUUGGUAGCCGAGCUCAAGUUCCAGUUCUUUCUUUUGCAGCACCGGCCAUCACACCGCCAUUAGCAACCACUCGCUGGCCCUUCUUGGUAAGAAUGGCUAACGAAGAUUCCAAAAGGAUGAAAUGCAUUGCAGCUAUCAUUGGUCUAUUCAACUGGAAAAGGGUUAUAGUUAUUUAUGAAGACGAUGUCUUUGGUAGUGAAUCUGGGAAGUUAGCUCUUUUACCUGAGGCGCUUCAAGAUGUGGGUUCGGAGGUUGAAUUCCGAUUGGUUCUUCCUCCAUUUUCUUCUGUGACUAAUCCGAACGUUGCUGUCCAUGAGUUGUUGAAGAAGCUACAGAAGAAACAAUCUCGGGUUUUUUUUGUUCUUCACUCAUCCUUCUCAAUGACGAUACAUUUGUUUGAAGAGGCUAAAAAGAGUGGACUUGUGGGAAAAGACUCAGUUUGGAUAGUCACAGAGACCAUCUCGAGUUACCUCGACUCUUUUAACAGUUCAGUGAUUUCGUCAAUGGAAGGUACUUUAGGAAUCAAGACCUACUAUUCUGAGGAAACUAGUCUAUACAAGAAGUUUUAUACCAAUUUCCGGACAACUUUCAGAAAUAAAUAUCAUGAGGAAGAUAAUUCCCAACCAGGUAUUAACGCCUUACGUGCCUAUGAUAGCAUUGGAAUCAUCACGCAAGCUAUGGAGAAACUGAAAAGUGAUGGAAAGAGUCCAAAAAAAUUGUUGAAAAAGAUACUUUCAAGCAAUUUUACUGGUGCAAGUGGUGAAGUAUGUUUCGAAGAAGGACAACUGUCGUAUGAUCCUAUACUGAGGAUUGUAAACGUGGUUGGGAAAAGGUACAAAGAGUUGGAUUUCUGGUUGCCAGGGAUUGGGUUCUCAAGAAAUCCUGGAGUGAAGAACGAAACUGGUUAUGUUGGUGAAAUAUCUCAAGAUUUGGGUGGUCGAGUCAAUUGGCCUGGUGAUUCAAAGCUUGUUCCAAAAGGAUGGGCAAUGCCCACAGAUGAAAAGCCUUUGAUUGUUGGAGUUCCAGCAAGAACCUCAUUUGAGAAAUUUGUAAAGGUUGUCGAUGGUAAACUUCCAGGCGUAAAGAACUAUGAUGGUUUCUGCAUUAAACUUUUCUAUGAAGUUCUUAAGGUGCUAGGUUAUCAUCUACCUUACCAUUUUGAUCCCCACAAUGGCACAUAUGAUGAACUUGUUAACAAAGUCUACAACAAGACUUAUGACGCUGCUGUCGGUGACAUAACGAUACUAGCUGAUAGAGCAGAUCAUGUGGAAUUUACUCAGCCAUAUGCAGAGUCAGGGUUGUCCAUGAUAGUUCCAGCAAAGUCGGAGGACUCGGCAUGGAUUUUCGUGAAACCUUUCACCAUCGAAAUGUGGUUGGUCACUGCCGCCAUCUUAAUCUACACCAUGUUCAUAGUUUGGGUGUUGGAGCACCAGUCCAACCCUGAGUUCAGAGGUCCCUGGAACCAUCAGAUUGGAACUGCAAUUUGGUUCGCUUUCUCCUCCCUUUUCUUUGCUCACAGAGAGAAGGUUUACAGUAACCUCACUCGAAUGGUGGUCGUAGUGUGGCUCUUCGUUGUGCUGGUCUUAAACUCAAGCUACACCGCUAGCCUAACAUCAAUGCUGACGGUCAAGCGAUUGGGACCAAAUGUUACAGAUAUUGAAUUGCUAAAGAGGGCCAACUUGAAAAUUGGGUGUGAUGGAGAUUCAUUUGUAAGGACAUACUUGGAGAAGGUUCUUAAUUUUAAAAGUUAUAAUAUUGAGAACGUCAGCAGUGAAUAUAAGUAUGAAGGGGAAUUCAAAAGCCACCGCAUUGCUGCUGCCUUUCUUGAACUACCUUAUGGCAAAGUUUUCCUCAGUCAUUACUGCAAGCAAUUUACCACUUCCACACCUACCUUCCGAUUUGGCGGUUUAGGCUUUGUAUUUCAGAAAGGUUCUCCGAUAGCCAAAGAUUUUUCAAGAGCCAUUUUACAGUUCUCUGAAAAUGGAUUUCUGUUGUCACUGGAAAAGGAAUGGUUUUCUCCUUCGCUGGAGUGUUCAGCCGAUGUAACCGACAGCAGUACAACUGAUAGCUUGAGCAUCCGCAGUUUCUGGGGUCUUUACCUUAUAUCUGAAGCUACAUCCACCCUUUGUUUUCUAUUCUUCUCCAUGCGCUUGCUAAAGAAAUAUUACCGUCACCGAGUGGACAAUGUAGAUGAGAGUGUUUGGAUCAAGGCAAUUCGAGUUGCCAAAUACUUUUAUCUGGGAGAUGUGGUUUUAGUUCAACGGGAAGCUUCAGUAGCUCCUGAUCUAUAACCAGAUAUCAAUGAAUGGAGGAGCCCUUCAACCUUAGAUUCUGGUCACACUAACAUGGAUAAUCUCGAUGGCACAUCAUCACCAGCAGAAACUGAGAUUGAAAUGCCACUGCAAACUCAGAAAUGACCAAGGAUGUAAUGACCUGAAUUUACCUAUACUGAAAAAAAGUAUAAUUUCGGAUCUCUGUUUAUGAAAAGUGGAUUCGUAAAUAUUUAUUUAAAA